GAUUUCUGUGGAACUGGGAUUCCCAAACCAAAAGUUGAAAAAAUGGGAAAUGCAGAAAGCAAUGCCUAUCGGAAUCACCUUUCCAGAUUUCUUCCUGAGGAGCAGUCUGACAUUGAUGGAGUAUUUGAUGCCUUAUCAGGAUCGAGUGGCUCAGCUGGAGCAAAAAAUGGCAAAGCUACAAAGAAAACUGUGACUCUAGCAGCACUACAGGCAUAUACACGGGAGCCAUUACCAGAGCAAAUGACUGUUCGGUUAUACAACGGAAUGAAAAGUAUUGACCUGACUGGGAAAUCAUCUGGGCUGAGUGAACAGAUUGCUAAGGAGCAGUUUGUGAUUUUUAUGUCAAACCUCUUAAAAGGGAAUGCAGAUGAGAAGAUUACCAUAAUAAUGAGAAUGAUCUCCAAGACAGAAGGGCCUGUGAAGGGCAAACAAAUCCAAGAGUUCACAGAGGAUCUGAUCAUGUCUGUAGUCCAUGUACUGAGCUACAGGAACGAACUGAAAGGCUGGAAUUGGGAGAAUACUAGGGAUUCUGCAAGUGGAGUAAAGGCUCUGGCUUCUCAGCUGCUAUCAGAAUUGAAGCUGGCAGAUGGGACAAAACCUGUGGGUCCUCAGGUGAUGGAGACAAAUUUUGAUCAAAGUGUCAUUGAGGAUUGGGUGUACCGAGUUCCACAGAUCUCAAUUUUCCUCAGUGUUGUUAUCAGGCAAGGCCUCCAUGUUCUGCAUUCUCUGCCAGACCAAACCAAAGACAUACUCAACCUGGUUCCAGGUUGCAAAGGCAUCAAAGGAAGAGGACUUGUCAGUCUCUUUGACAUCCCAUCCAUCAUAUACAUCAACUCCCAUCUGCCUGCAGAGCUACAGCACAAGUGGCACCUUUUAUUUUCUUCUCGACUUCACGGAGAAAGCUUUUCACAGUUAUGCGGGCAUAUAGUGAACAAAGGUCCUUGCAUAGUGAUCUUAAAGGACUUAGAUGGUUAUAUCUUUGGUGGGUUUGCAUCUCACUCCUGGGAGGUGAAGCCACAGUUUCAAGGUGACAACAGAUGCUUUCUGUUUUCUGUUUUCCCCUCUCUUGCUGUAUACACAUACACAGGGUAUAAUGACCACUAUAUGUAUUUGAACCAUGGCCAACAAACAAUGCCAAAUGGACUUGGUAUGGGUGGACAACACGACUACUUUGGACUCUGGAUAGACAGUGACUAUGGGAAGGGACACAGUAAAGCAAAACCUCGAUGUACCACCUACCACAGUCCCCAGCUGUCAGCUAAAGAGGAUUUUACACUGGAUGCCAUGGAAGUUUGGGCAGUGGGAGACCUCCCUGAAAAUGCAGGGACAAAAGGUAAGAAGAGUAUCCUGGAUAUAGAUCCUGAGGCUCAGGCCUUAUUAGAAAUGACUGGAAAAAGUCGUCAGAGCGAAGGUCUACGAGAACCUGUUGAAGAGGAUGAUGACGAUAACUAAAAGAAU